CUCUGAGUGUCGUUGGCGAGCAAGGAAGAUGCCAGCACAAAGGCUAGCGGAGACCCGGCCCGCUGCGGAGGGCGGCGGGAAGAGCCGCUGAGGGGCGCGCCAGGCGCGCUUUGCUCCGCGCUGUCUCUGAUCACUGCCCUGGGUCUCAGGGUCGGGACGGCAGUGCAGGGUCCCUUGGCUCUGUCAUAGCGGACGCCGCAGCCCGGAGCUGCAUGCGACGCGCGGCGGCAUCUCCCGCCGCCUGCUUUCUCCGCGGCGCGCACGGACCAGCCGGAGAGCGCCGGAGCGGCGGGUCGGGGCCACUGCGGGGGCGCCCUCCCGCCUGGCCGCCGGGUCCCACCCGCAGCCCGUGGCGGCGGGCGCCGAGCCCAGCUUUAUAGGGAGCCAACCUCAGAGAGACAGACAGGAUGGCUAGCUCAGCCCGGGAGCAUCUGCUUUUUGUGCGGCGUCGAAAUCCCCAGAUGCGGUACACACUGAGCCCAGAGAACCUGCAGAGCCUUGCAGCGCAGAGCUCCAUGCCCGAGAACAUGACCCUACAAAGAGCCAAUAGCGACACGGACCUGGUGACUUCUGAGAGCCGCUCCAGCUUGACUGCCAGCAUGUACGAGUACACACUGGGGCAAGCCCAGAACCUCAUUAUCUUCUGGGACAUUAAAGAGGAGGUGGACCCCAGCGAUUGGAUUGGACUUUAUCAUAUAGAUGAGAAUUCUCCAGCCAACUUCUGGGAUUCUAAAAACAGGGGUGUGACUGGAACACAGAAAGGACAAAUUGUGUGGAGAAUUGAGCCUGGGCCCUACUUCAUGGAACCGGAGAUAAAAAUCUGUUUUAAAUACUACCAUGGCAUUAGUGGAGCCCUGCGAGCCACGACCCCCUGCAUCACAGUGAAGAACCCAGCUGUGAUGAUGGGGGCAGAGGGCAUGGAAGGAGGUGCUUCAGGAAAUCUGCAUUCUCGGAAGCUGGUCAGCUUUACCUUGUCAGAUCUUAGGGCAGUUGGGCUAAAGAAAGGGAUGUUCUUCAAUCCUGACCCUUAUCUUAAGAUGUCCAUUCAGCCAGGGAAGAAGAGCAGUUUCCCCACCUGUGCUCACCAUGGGCAGGAGAGAAGGUCUACUAUCAUCAGUAACACCACUAAUCCUAUUUGGCACCGAGAGAAAUAUUCCUUUUUUGCACUUCUAACUGAUGUCCUGGAAAUUGAAAUUAAAGACAAGUUUGCCAAGAGCCGUCCUAUUAUCAAACGUUUCCUGGGGAAACUAACCAUUCCAGUCCAGAGGUUGCUGGAGCGACAAGCCAUUGGGGAUCAGAUGCUCAGCUACAACCUUGGAAGAAGGCUCCCAGCUGAUCAUGUGAGCGGGUACCUGCAGUUUAAAGUGGAAGUCACAUCUUCUGUCCAUGAAGAUGCGUCGCCAGAAGCUGUUGGUACGAUCCUUGGAGUCGGUACUGUGAACGGAGAUCUAGGAAGCCCGUCUGAUGACGAGGACAUGCCAGGGAGCCAUCAUGACAGCCCUGUUUGUGCUAAUGGACCAGUGUCUGAGGAAAGUACUGCUGAGGGGACACCCAAGCAUUCUUUCAGGACUAGUUCUACUCUGGAAAUAGACACAGAGGAUUUAACCUCUACUUCUUCAAGGACCUCACCUCCCAGAGGCCGUCAGGAUUCACUCAAUGAUUAUUUAGAUGCUAUCGAACACAAUGGCCCUUCCAGGCCAGGAGCAGCAACCUCCUCUGAGAGGGCCAUGGGAGCCUCUCCAAAACUAAGGAGUAGUUUUCCCACUGACACAAGACUCAAUGCAAUGCUUCAUAUUGAUUCUGAUGAAGAAGACCAUGAGUUCCAGCAAGACCUGGGUUAUCCAUCUUCCUUGGAGGAGGAAGGUGGUUUGAUCAUGUUUAGCAGGGCAUCGAGAACUGAUGAUGGCAGCCUGACAUCUCAGACGAAGCCAGAGGAUGACCACCCCAUUGAAAAUGAGGAAACCUCCCUGCACGAAGCAGCUUCCUUUGAGGAUAAGCCAGAGAACCUUCCUGAGCUUGCAGAUGGCUCCUUGCCCUCAGGCCCAGCCCCAGAGGAAAGCGAAACUGGCCCAGAGUCUCAACCCAGUGCUGACCAGGGCAGCACUGAGUUGUGUGGCUCUCAAGAGGUUGAUCAGCCUACAAGUGGGGCGGACACGGGGACUUCUGACACAUCAGGAGGGAGCCGAAGAGCCAUCAGUGAGACCGAGUCCCUGGAUCAGGGGUCUGAGCCGUCCCAGGUGUCCUCCGAAACAGAACCCAGCGACCCUGCCAGGACAGAGAGCGUGAGUGAAGCCAGCACCCGGCCUGAGGGAGAGAGUGACCUGGAAGGUGCUGACAGCUCCUGCAAUGAGAGUGUGACCACACAGCUGUCCUCAGUGGACACUCGGUGCUCCUCCAUGGAGAGUGCACGGUUUCCCGAAACCCCAGCCUUUUCUUCUCAGGAAGAGGAAGACGGGGCCUGUGCAGCAGAGCCCCCCAGCAGUGGCCCUGCUGAAGGGUCUCAGGAUCCCAUAUGCACUCCGGGUUCUUUACCUGUGGUACAGGUGCCCAGUGGGGAGGAGGAAGGGCCAGCGACAGAUUCAGCCACAUUACCUGACCAGGAGGAGCUUGGGGAGGUCUGGCAGCGGAGAGGGAGCCUAGAGGGAGCUGUUGCUGCUGCCCCUGAGAGCCAGCCUCAGGAAGAAGGUGAUGCUGGGGAUGCCCAAGGCGCUUGUGAAGGGGCCACUGCCCAGGAGGAGGGCGCUACUGGAGGUUCUCAAGCCAAUGGUCACCAGCCCUUGCGGUCACUACCUUCAGUGCGCCAGGAUGUCAGCCGGUACCAGAGGGUGGAUGAGGCUCUCCCACCAAACUGGGAGGCGCGCAUUGACAGCCAUGGCAGGAUCUUCUAUGUGGAUCACGUAAACAGAACCACAACGUGGCAGCGGCCGACAGCUCCCCCAGCCCCACAGGUGCUGCAGAGAUCUAACUCCAUACAACAAAUGGAGCAGCUCAACCGGCGUUAUCAGAGCAUCCGCAGAACCAUGACUAAUGAGAGGCCUGAGGAAAAUACCAGUGCUAUUGAUGGGGCGGGGGAGGAAGCCGACUUUCACCAAGCCAGUGCAGAUUUCCGCCGGGAGAAUGUCCUGCCCCACUCUACCUCCAGAUCCAGGCUCACGUUGCUGUUACAGUCUCCCCCUGUGAAGUUCCUCAUCAGCCCAGAGUUCUUCACCGUGCUACAUUCUAACCCUAGUGCCUACCGCAUGUUUACAAACAACACGUGUUUGAAGCACAUGAUCACCAAAGUCCGGAGGGACACCCACCACUUUGAACGCUACCAGCAUAACAGGGACCUCGUGGGAUUCCUCAACAUGUUUGCGAACAAACAGCUGGAAUUGCCAAGGGGCUGGGAGAUGAAACAUGAUCAUCAGGGCAAGGCAUUUUUUGUCGACCACAACUCCCGAACCACCACCUUCAUUGAUCCUCGGCUCCCGCUGCAGAGCAGUAGACCCACAAGUGCACUGGUUCACCGACAACACUUGACCAGGCAACGCAGCCACAGUGCGGGUGAGGUAGGAGAAGAUUCUCGGCACGCAGGACCACCAGUUCUCCCCAGACCGUCCAGUACAUUCAAUACAGUCAGUAGGCCACAGUACCAGGACAUGGUUCCAGUGGCUUAUAAUGACAAGAUUGUUGCAUUUCUGCGUCAACCCAACAUCUUUGAAAUUCUACAGGAGCGUCAACCUGAUCUUACCAGGAAUCACUCACUCAGGGAGAAGAUCCAAUUUAUUCGAACUGAAGGGACCCCAGGAUUGGUACGCCUUUCUAGUGAUGCAGACCUUGUUAUGUUGCUGAGCUUAUUUGAAGAAGAGAUAAUGUCAUAUGUGCCUCCACAUGCCUUACUCCACCCCAGCUACUGUCAGUCCCCACGUGGCUCCCCCGUGUCUUCUCCUCAGAACUCACCAGGUACUCAACGUGCCAAUGCCCGCGCUCCAGCCCCUUACAAGAGAGAUUUUGAAGCCAAACUAAGGAACUUUUACAGGAAGUUAGAGACUAAAGGAUAUGGACAAGGCCCAGGGAAAUUAAAGUUAAUUAUCCGAAGAGAUCACUUGCUAGAAGAUGCUUUUAAUCAGAUUAUGGGCUACUCCAGAAAAGAUCUGCAGAGGAAUAAGCUGUAUGUCACCUUCGUCGGGGAGGAAGGGCUGGAUUACAGUGGGCCUUCCAGAGAGUUUUUCUUCCUGGUAUCCAGAGAACUCUUUAACCCCUAUUAUGGCUUAUUUGAAUAUUCAGCCAAUGAUACAUACACAGUACAAAUAAGUCCCAUGUCUGCUUUUGUAGACAAUCAUCAUGAAUGGUUCCGGUUCAGCGGUAGGAUCCUAGGUCUUGCACUAAUUCACCAGUAUUUGUUGGAUGCCUUCUUCACACGGCCCUUUUAUAAGGCUCUUCUCAGAAUUCUGUGUGACCUGAGUGAUCUAGAAUAUCUCGAUGAAGAAUUCCACCAGAGCUUACAGUGGAUGAAAGACAAUGAUAUUCACGACAUCCUAGACCUCACGUUCACUGUGAAUGAAGAAGUUUUUGGGCAGAUUACUGAACGAGAAUUAAAGCCAGGGGGUGCCAAUAUCCCGGUCACAGAGAAGAACAAGAAGGAGUACAUCGAGAGGAUGGUGAAGUGGAGGAUUGAGAGGGGUGUGGUACAACAAACAGAGAGCUUAGUGCGUGGCUUCUAUGAGGUGGUGGAUGCCAGGCUGGUAUCUGUUUUUGAUGCAAGAGAACUGGAACUGGUCAUCGCAGGCACAGCUGAAAUAGACCUAAGUGAUUGGAGAAAUAACACAGAAUAUAGAGGAGGUUACCAUGACAAUCAUAUUGUAAUUCGGUGGUUCUGGGCUGCAGUGGAAAGAUUCAACAAUGAACAACGACUAAGGUUGUUACAGUUUGUUACAGGCACAUCCAGCAUUCCCUACGAAGGAUUCGCUUCUCUCCGAGGGAGUAAUGGCCCAAGAAGAUUCUGUGUGGAGAAAUGGGGGAAAAUCACGGCUCUUCCCAGAGCUCAUACUUGUUUUAACCGCCUGGAUCUGCCCCCGUACCCAUCCUUUUCCAUGCUUUAUGAGAAGCUCCUGACAGCAGUUGAAGAGACCAGUACCUUUGGACUUGAGUGAUCUGGAAGCACCUCUUUAUUGACAGGCAAUUUCAGAAGCUGGCUUCCAGCAUGACUGAGCAUUGGAAGUCUCCAGCUCAGGCUUCCAUUAGAGUAAAGCUGAGUGCUGUUAGUUUCCAGGAACAUGUGCUCUCUCACGUUUGGGGACUGGUGAUGAGUCCUCUUGGAAGGAUUUGGGUGAGCUUGAUGCCCAGGGAACAACCCAACAGUCUUUCAAUCAACAGUUCUUGACUGCCAAACCUUUUCUAUUUGUUAUGUUCCAAGACAAAGAUGAACCUGUACAUGAUCAGCUCCAUGGCAAUUUCUAGGGACUCAGGAGAAUCUUGAAACUUACCCUUGAACGUGGUUCAAGCCAAACUGGCAGCACUUGGCCCAAUCUCCAAAUUAGUGCAAGUUAAAUAAUAUAAUAAAACAAAUAUAUUUCCUGAAAAUACAUUCAUUUAAGCCCUAAGUUAUAACAAUAUUCAUUUCUUGCUUAUGAGUGCCUGCAUGGUGUGCACUAUAGGUUUCAGCUUUCAUGGGAUACAAGUAAAAAUGAAACCAAGUCAAUAUGAGGUAACUUUAAAGAUUCACAAUAAGGUGGUUUGUGACAAUGUAUAUGCAAGUGGUAUGUGUGUAAUUACGGCUGAAGACAAACUGUUACUCAAUGAAUUACUAAUGGACAGAUUUUAUGCUUUAUAAUGCAUGAAAACAAUUUAAAAAUAACUAGCAAUUAAUCACAGCAUAUCAGGAAAAAUGUACACAGUGAGUUCUGUUUCUUUUUUAUAGGUUCAUUAUAUUUAUGUUCUUUAAGAUGUAUAUAAGAACCUACCUAUCAUACUAUAUGUAUCACCUUUCCAUUUUCAUGUUCCAUGCUUACUCGGGCAUCAUGCUAGUAUGUAUCCUUUUAAGCACUCUCAAGGGAACAAAAGGGCCUUUUAUUUUUAUAAAGGUAAAAAAAAAUCCCCAAAAUAAUUUGCACUGAAUGUACCAAAGUUGAAGGGACAUUACAAUAUGACUAACAGCAACUCCAUCACUUGACAAGUAUAAUAGAAAGUAGCUUCUAAAUCAAACUUCCUUCACAGUGCCAUGUCAACCACUACAAGGACUGUGCAUCUAAGUAAUAAUUUUUUAAGACUCACUAUAUGUGAUAGUAUGAUAUGCAUUUAUUUAAAAUGCAUUAGACUCUCUUCCAUCCAUCAAAUACUUUCCAGGAUGGCAUUUAAUACAGAUAUUUCGUAUUUCCCCCACUGCUUGUUAUUUGUACAGCAUCAUUAAACACCAAGCUCAGUUAGGGAGCCAUCAGCAACAUUGAAGACAUCAGCUCUCUUUAGUAAUAAGAAUUUCAUUUUUCCUUAUCAGUGAAGAUGCCACAAAUUGAAACUCUCAGUACUAUAUUUCUAAGCUUGCAUUUUCACGGAUGCAUAAUUUUCUUAUUAAUAUCAAGAAACGAUUUUUCUAUGAUAUCUCAAAAACUGCAUGACAUCACUAAUCUUACUUCUGCUUAAUUUUUUAAAAAGGGUAUCCUUCAUUUUGAUUGCUUUUGGAAUUAUUCCACACCAUUGUUUGUUCCUUGAUUUAUGGCCAUAACUAAUCAGACGCACAAUAGAGUAAUCUAAAUUGAGGAUGGUAAGGCAUUGGAUUAACAUAUAGUUUGCCAGCCUAUGAGCUUACAGGCACUGUUGGAACAUUUCUUUGAGAUUCAUAUUUAUAAGUAGCCAUGGAAUUCCUAUUAUGGGAUGUUGGCAAUCUUACAUCUUAUAGAGGUGAUAUGCCCAGUUUUCAAAGGUGUUUUGUAAGAACUGAUUGCUCUCCUGCCAUUUGAACUGAGUAUUCUAUUGAGACCUGCAAGAACAGUGCCACUCAUGUUGCAUUUCUGCACUAAAGGCAGGUAUUGCAGCAUGGGUAAUGUUCUAGGAAAAAGGUUAUAGAAAUCUGGAAAUAACAAAGAAGAUUUAUAUAUGUACUAUAAUUGGGUGAGAUAAAAAGGAAGGAGAAAAAAAUUUUAACCGGAAAUAUUAGUUUGUACUGAUUGACCAUGAAUACAAGUAUAUAUUUAAUUUUGCAAACUGUUUUUACUCGUUUGUAUUUUUUCAUUAUAAGGAAAAGUAUAUAACACACUAACACACUCUUUUUAAUCACAUUUUUGAUGUCUCAGAGCUGGCAUUCACUAAGCAGCUGAUAGAGAAGGUUAUAUUUUUUAAAAAUACAUUCAUAGACCAUAUUAAUUUUCAUUUUGGUUUGAAACACUGUUAUCAUAUGCCAUAUUACUAGGUAAAAGAGAUUUGAAAUAAAAUGUAUCUCUUUCUAACAAAUAUAUUUCUUUGUUGAGGCAUCCAACUUCUCAAAUAACAGUUCUUUCCAAUAUAUGUAGACAUUCGUAAUUAGCAGAAUUGUCUAGUUGACACCAUUCUCAGAAUUGGAAUUUAUCAAAGAUGUACUUAGCAUAUCAGAAAACCAGGACCAGGGAUAUAGCUCAGUGGUAGAGUGCUUGCUUGGCAUGUGUAAGCCCCUGAGCUUAAUCCCAGUGUCACAAAACAAACAAAAAUGCAUAUCAGAAAACCAUGAUAACGUAUUUAUUCUUCUUCAUUAGUAAAACAAAAAAACAGCCAAUAAUGACUCUAUAAGAUAUUAAAAUAUGCUCCACAUAAUAAAUUAGCCUUUAGUAUACUCUACAAUUAGAAAUAUCCAUAAACAUUUUCUUAUGGACUGUGAGCCCAGAUAUCUUGGCUUUUUGGUCUAGUUUUCUUUAAGAAAUUCACAAGUGAUGCUCAUUAUACUCUAAGAGACAGUUAUGAUACAUCAUAUAAAUAGGCAGAACAUCUUUUAGGUAGGAGAACAGGCAUACUCUUGCCUUUCUCUCUGUUUCAGUGCCUGUGUUUGAUGAUGGAGAUACAAAAUUCUAAAUCUGCCCUUCAAAAGCUCACAGUCUAGCAGAGGAGAUGACAUGGUUCCCAAAAAUAUGUUCAAUAAAAUUUGUUAUGUUCUACAAUCAAGGAAUGAAGAGAGAACAGCUUAUUCAUCCAGGAAGAUUCCAUCACAGCUUCAUAUAUGGGAGACUCAAAUAAAUCACAAAGUACUGUUUCUGCUGAUAACUAAUGACAAAAAAUACUGUGUCAAUAUUAGUGAAGUAUUGAGGCCCCGAAUGCAUUUACACAAUGAGGAUUUAAAGUGUAUAAUAAAGUGUGUAGGUGGGGAGCAGAACAGUGAAGGAGCAACUCCAGGAUCUUCUAAUUAUCAAAGAAAUGCCAAAAUCAAGUCUGAUAAUUUCCCUUCAUCUGUACUACAACAUACCUUUGGUUUUCAGUGUAAGGAAUUCCAAUCCCUGAACCCAAACUACUUAUGGGAUCAAAACAUUUUUCUUGUGCACAAGAUGAAUGGAUUGGGGUCAAAGAAGUACAGUCACAAUUUUUUAGCAUAUGUUGUAUAUAUACUUUAGUAGAAAUUCUGUAAUCUGGAAAAAAACAAUUAAACUAGAAAUGAAAUAAAUCUUGCAAAUUUAGGAUAUAGCUGCAAGUGACAUUCUGUUCAUUUAAAUUCAAGUCUUAAGGAAGUAAGAUGGCUAAAAUCUAGCCAUCACCAGCACAACAAUCAAAAAUGGUAAAAUGCAUUCAAAUGAUGAUAAAGAUAGUGUUUUAGGGUUUCAAAGUGCCUUUAGGCACAUGUCUCUUGAUUCUCAGGUACUUUGUUGGAUAGAAGUAUCAAGUCCUACCUGGGUUGAGGUUGAUUUUCAUGGGUGACUUUUUGAGAUCAGUUCAGUACUUUAUAGUCACAAUUCUGUGUUUCAUCUCAAGUGAUGUAGCGACUAAUGUUUGUAUUGGACAUUCCACUUUCAGCCAGUUUUGUAAGAUGCUUCAUCCACCCAAACUCUCACUUUCUUAAACACACUUUAAAAUGUGAUACCUUCUGGAAAGUCUAUGAAGAAAUUAAUAUAUUAAUGGACAAAACUCCUCAUAAAUGCAAUGUUUAUUUUUCACUUCUUGACAUGAGAAAUUUAAAACAGGCAAAAUUUGAUUGCUUUUGGUGUAUUUCUAUAGUAUAGUGAUUUCAUUUUAUCAACUAUCAUUUGAAAGAAAGAUCAUGGGAAAAGGACUAAUCAGAGUCCCUUAGUUUUAAUUUUUUAAUAAGAAUGGAUUGAGAAAGCCCUGGUAGCUGAAUUGCAGUGGUGAUGGAAGAAGGGACCACUCUCAUCUCUCUUUUUCUCCCCAUCUUCCUCACAUUUGUCCAAUAAUUUUUUUUUAUGCUUUUGCACAAAUUUUAUGAGUCAGCCGCUUCUAAGACAAACAUCUUAAAAUGGAGAAUCUAGAAGUCUGUCCAAUUUAAUCUUAUUCAGGAAACUCCAAAGGCAGGGAAAAUGAUGCCAUACCAUCAUUAAAAGGCAUCAGGAACCCUGCAUAAAUUUUUUUUUAAAAAAGCCCAUGCAUAUGAAGAAUGUGACCUAAUCCCUAGGCUGAGUCUGAGUUUCAGGCCCUCUUCUUUCAUCUGCUUUCAAAUUUAUUUGAUGAGUGACAACACUCUAGAUCUUAGCCAUCUUACUUCCAUGAGACUUGAGUUUAAAUUAAUGAGAAAGUCACUUGUUACUAUAUUCUAACUUGGCAAAACUUAUUUCCUUUCUAGUUCAAUUGUGUUUUCCAGAUAAAGUUGUCUAGCGUGGAAGCAAAGGAAUGCCAGUGACAUUGAAGCUUUCUGAAUUGUGGCCUAAGGCCAACUGCUGCCCACUAAAAGGGAGAUAAAAAUAAAAGUGGAAAAGAGAAGCCCAGCAGUUUGCCAACCCCAAGAAUGUAAGGCUAAUUGUUGACCAACUCUUAAGAUUCAGGGCCCUUAACUGCAUUCCAAGGGAGGCAUAAAGGACAGAAUGAAUUCGUGAGCUGCCCAUUAUAGUAGCUGAGGAAACUAACAAGGGUGGAAAAAUCAUCUUAGAGCAUGCUGGUGGGGGCAGGAUCAUACUACAGUUAGGUUUCUUUGAGAAUGAGAAUGAUUUGCUGCCUAAUUAAGGCACUGCUUAGGAAUCUACCUGGUAGGAAAUAACCUCAUUUUAUAACUUCAAUAAGUUAACAUUUUCUGUACUGAAAAAAGGAAUUUAGCCCCAAAACAUUAACAUUAACCAUAGCUUAAUCAGGAGAUUCAACUAUUUUGCAUUCAAUUAUGUUGUGGAUCUUUUAGAUUUAGGAGUUAUUGUUACUACUAUCAAACACUAUAUGAAAUAAAACAAAGAUGCUUUUAUUUCAUUAUGGUUAAUUUGUGGGUUUUUUUUUUUCAGACAUUCUUUGACAUCAGAAUAGGCUUUAGAACAUUUUCAUGGUACCCAGUGACAACUUAAAUGUUCCCUGUUAAUCUAUCUAGAAAGCAAAAUCAUAAGUGAGGCUACUGAGUUGCAAGUAAAGACCUAAUCAGCGUUUCUAAUUCAAUAAGUUAAUCAAGACUAGACAUACAUUUGCUUAGGUUUUUAUCUGCAAGGUACUUUAUUUGGCUUUCAUGAUUCAAUAGCCCAGCAGAAUAGGAUGGUCGCAGUUAUAUGGUUUCUUUGGAAAACAGGAGAAUCACACUUGUGUUUGUGAUUUUUAUGUCUAGUGGCCUUGGGCAGGUGAUAUAUUUCUAUCCAACUUUCUUUUGAGAUAUUACACCCUGAGGAGUGUUGUUAAGCAUGUUGUAUGAUUCAAACUGAAUCAGCUAUUACUGAUGCAGGUAAGGAACCAUCAGUAAACUUCUGGUUACUGUCACCUUCUGUAAAAAAGGAUGGAUGAUGUUCAAGAAAUACCUUGGAAGGAUUAACCAGGAAACACACAGGACUGAAUGUUCUUUUAGGACCUUGAUGCUCUAAAAGAUGUAAUUACAACCUAUUUUUCUUUAUACGAUAUUAUAAGUAAAAUUUGGGGCCGUUUAAAUGUUGGAAAGUGCAUAAGAUUACAUGUUUUUAUAAUAGGGAUGCAGGCAUUCCAAAAUAAAUGAAUAAAAUACAUGCAUCUCUCUUGCCUCUUACUGAAAGUAUUAAUCUAAUUUUAUAAUAAUGCUUACUUUUUAAUAUUAAGGCUCUGUAAAAAAAACAAAAACAAAAACAUUUAUUUCUAAAAUUUCAGUAGAGCACAGGUGGUGUAUUUUUUUAAGGCUUUUCAUUUCCUUCACUAAUCCCACCCAUUAUGUCCACUACACCAUGCAACACAGUUCAUAGCAAUGUUUUUAUUUUUGUUGAGUUGAUUUAAGCUUCAUAUUUAUUCAAUGCGACUUUUAAUAGAGAAUAAUAAUGGGAGAUAUUUGCUAUUAGAAUUAAGAUUAUACAGCUCUCAUUUCAUCUUACAUUUAAAUUUCUUUUCUUUUUUUCAAAGCAAAUAAUACAGAUUAUUGACAUCCUAGAAAUGGUAUGUGGGUGAUAUUAUAUGGAGCCUAAGACUCCAAAUCCUGGACUAGUUGCUCAUUUUCUGGGAAGUCUGUAUUCUUAUCCUCACCAGGACCCCUGACUCUUGUGUUGUAUUUUUUAUGAUUCUGAAAUGCUUUAAGGUAAAGAUAUUUUAAUGUGUACAAUUUGUUUUAUUUUCAUACUGAUCUCUAUUUUUGUUUAAAACCAUGUUACAUCAUGAAAUCACUUAAUCCAAAAUAAAUCUUCUUUUAAAAAAUA